ACAAUUAAACCCUAGCUAAAACUACUACUAUACUACUACUACUACUACAUAAAAUCAUGACCAAGAUGAUGAUCCUUAUGAGCUUUCUUCUUCUUCUUCUUAGUCCUUGUGUUUUUGCUCAGCUAAGUAUUAAUUUCUACAGAGUGAGCUGCCCUAAUGCUGAGCAGAUUGUAAAACAAGUUGUCAGAGAAGAAUUUGCAAAAGACUCUUCCAUUACUGCUGGACUACUUCGUAUGCACUUCCAUGAUUGCUUUGUUAGAGGUUGUGAUGCAUCCAUAUUAAUCAACUCCACAUCGAGCAAGUCCUCAGAAAAAACUGCAGGACCAAAUUUGACGGUGCGAGGGUAUGAGAUCAUCGACGAGGCUAAGAGAAGGCUCGAAGCUGCAUGCCCUUCAAAAGUCUCAUGUGCAGACAUUAUAACCCUAGCCACUCGGGACUCAGUCGCCCUCGCCGGUGGACCAAACUACGUCGUUCCGACCGGUAGAAGGGACGGACUUGUCUCAAACCCUAACGAAGUCAACUUGCCCGGUCCAGGCCAGUCUGUCACCUCAGCCUUCCAGUCUUUCAAAGCCAAAAAGAUGACUCUAAAUGAAAUGGUGGUUCUUCUCGGUGCACACACAGUUGGAUUUGCUCAUUGCGGUUUCUUCUCAAACCGGCUUUCGAAUUUUCAAGGGACAGGUAAACCUGAUCCCACCAUGGAUUCUGCGUUGGUUACCAAGCUAACACAAGACUGUGCAUCUGGGAGUAAUCCAAAGACAUUUUUGGAUCAAAACACUAGUAAUGUUUUCGAUAAUGAGUUCUAUCGUCAGAUACGUUUGAAUAGAGGAGUUCUGAAGAUAGAUCAGGAGCUUGCUUCAGAUGCUACCUCCUCUGGUCUUGUUUCCAAUUUGGCUUCGAAUCCAUUCCAAUUCUCUCAGAGUUUCGCGAGUGCCAUGGUUAAGAUGGGAAGAAUCGAAGUUCUUGUGGGGAAAGCUGGUGAGAUUAGGAAGAGUUGUGGAGCUUUCAACUCGGCCUAAAAUCAAGAACAUUAAUUCUUCAAGCAAUGGAAAAAAUUGAGUAAGUCUUCAACAAAGACUACUAUAUACUCCAUAAGAGAAUGGUUAUUCCAAGUUGUUGUAAACAUCAUUAAAUAAUAUGAUUAAUUAAUAAAUGAGUGAUGAUUCUAUUGCUAUUAAUAAAUGAGUGAUGAUUAAUUAAAUUU